UGAUGAUUCUCUGAAGAACAAAAGCAGAAGAAGCUGAAUUUAAAAAGGAAAGUCACAAACAAACCCUCACCCUCACCAUUUUCUUCGUGUUUCCUCUCUCUCGCUCACACUUUCCACCCUCUCCUCUCAUCGCAAACUCGAAACUCGAAACUCGAUAGAAAACCAGAUCUCAUUCCAAUUCAUCGCGAUUGGGUGAAAAUUCUUCUUCACUGGCCGCAUGAUCUUGUUCGUUGAUUGAUUGAUUUAUAGGGAUUUUCUUCCAUUGUAGUAGCAUGGGUUCCAUCUUCAGCGACAAUGUAGUGCCGCACGCUUCGCAUUUCUCCCUCGCGAUCUACUUCGCUUUCGCCUGUUUCGGAGCCAGAUUCUUUCUUGACAAAUUCGUCUUCCAUAGGUUGGCCGUCAGGCUGUUGAGAAGAGGUAGAGCUCCUUCACGGAUUACUAAGGAAAUGCAAGUAAAGAUUGGAAAAUGCUCAGAGUCCUUGUGGAAGCUAACAUACUACGCUUCAGUUGAAGCUUGCAUUCUUAAAAUUACCUACCUUGAACCUUGGUUCACUGAUACAAAAUUUUACUUCAAAGACUGGCCACAUCAUGAGUUGAAGAGUCCCCUAGUGAUUUACUACAUGUUGCAAUGUGGAUUCUACACCUAUAGCAUUGCUGCUAUUCUCACAUGGGAGACUCGAAGGAAGGAUUUUUCGGUGAUGUUUACUCACCAUGUAGUUACUGUUUUACUGAUUGGUGGCUCAUAUCUAACAGGAUUUUUCAGGAUUGGCUCCAUAAUCCUUGCCCUUCAUGAUGGAAGUGAUGUAUUCUUAGAAGCUGCCAAAGUUUUCAAGUAUUCUGGAAGAGAAUUUGGUGCAAGUGUGUGUUUUGCAUUCUUUGCGAUUUCAUGGCUCAUACUACGGCUAAUUUUCUUUCCAUUUUGGGUUAUUAAAGCAACAAGCAUUGAUCUUCAGAAGGUCUUAAACCUGUCACAGAGUUAUGACACGUUACUUUACUAUAUGUUUAAUACACUGCUCAUCAUGCUGCUUAUCUUCCAUAUAUACUGGUGGAUGCUCAUAUGUGCUAUGAUCAGUAGACAGCUGAAAAAUAGAGGAACAGUUGGUGAGGAUAUUAGAUCAGAUUCAGACGAUGAUUGAAUAGAUGAAGGAUUUUGUUGAGUUUUCUUUGUUCUUGCUGUUCGGUGGUAGCUCUGCAGAUACUGCUGUUGACUUGUCCGUAGAUUUCUAGGAGUUAAGUUGGUUACUGCAACCAAUUGAAGAAGGAUAAACUUUUGUUAGUUUCAAAUUUUUCAUUGAUUACUGGGUAGAAAGGAUGUAGAGGUAUCCUCAGGUAUAUUCUAUAUUCUAAUAUUUUUGCUGUAUAAAUGAUAGGCAUUCCUGUAUAAUUGUUUUUUCCCCUAAACAUACCCGUUUAGUUAACCAAAAGUUGAAUGAAAUGUAGCGAAUAAGGAGAAUGAAGGGGAAAUUUUUUCUUGCAAUGAUUACACUUUUUUUGUCAA